CCUUUAAUCUUUUGUAUGCAUACAUAAUAUAUACUUUUUCAUAUUGUAUAUAUAUAAUAAUUAUCUUUUGGUUGUGUUGAACAUCAGGUUGGUUUUGAACCUAUUUUGUAUCUGCACCUUUCCCACUCAUGGAGCUCCACUCACUCAAAGUGAUCCAUCUCUUUUCUCACCUAAUUUUUUGCUUUUUAAUUUUGUUUAAUCUCAAUUUGUUUUUUUUUAAUUAAUUUAAAUAUUUUUUCCUAGUCUCUAAAGUUUACACAAAAUUAUUUAUCGGAAACUUGAUAUAGAUGCCUCUUUUAUUUAUGAAAUGAGAUGAGCAGAUAUCUUCUGUAUGGACAUAUAUAUAUAAUAUAUGUGUAUAUAUAUAUAUACAGAUAUAUAAUUGGAAAUGAGGACCCUCAUUAAAAAUAGUACAUGAGAAACAUACAUAAAAGGUAACAGACUUAAAUAAAAGCGUUCCAAUUUAAGGAAAUGGUGCUAAUAUCCUGAUUACAAAAAAAAAGGGAGCUUUGGAGGACCAUUGCGAAGCCAAAAUCUGCAUGUCUUCCCAAAGCCUGGAAGCUGAUCAUUUUGAGGUAUCUGUAAAAAUGCAGAAAUCUGUAUAGACAAUUAUUGUUUGAAGUUUUUUUCCCUAGGUGUCAAAGUUUGAGAGUUGUUUACAUUUUUCUUUGUUAAGCGAGUAAUGAAAAAUUAAGAGUAAGAACAAAAAGUGAAUUUUUAAGUAGUAAUGGAAUAAAAUUUACCAUAUUUGAGAGUUAAUUUAGAAGCCAGAAUAAAAUAAGUAUGGAAGUUGGGGGAGAAAGAUUAGGAUGUUUUAAACUUUUUUUUUUCUUUUCCUUUUUAAAUGAUGUACUAUUUUAUUUAUUUUGGACUUAUGUAUUCUCGAUGUAUACUAAUACAUUGAGAAUAUUACUGUGGAAUGCUUGAAUCUUUCUCCUUCAAAUGGCAAGAAUAACGUUUUGACGGGGCAACCCAUUUGUAUCAGUCUAAUAGCAACUGUGGCUAAAGAGAAAUAACCGAUUAUUCAUGGAAGUUCACAGAUCUAUUUUGUAGCUUUGAGAUAACAUUAAAAUAGAGGUUCUUCCUGGUCAACCAAAUCUCCCCUAACUUGGAGUGUCUUUCUCCGGCCUAUCUUCUUCCAGGUAUGUUUCUCACCUUCUUUAUAAUUAGAGGGUUUGGUAUAAUUUAUGUUGGAGAGGUAAAAAAGCACUGCCACGUAGAGGACAUUGAAUGGACAACAACCAGACGGUUCGAGAGACCGAAUUGGUAGAGUAAAAUAGCCAAUUGGGUGCGCACUUUCAUAGACUUGAUCUGCUCUAGGAACGACCACCUUUACUUAACCAAAUCAAUGUGUGCUAGAGCCUUAACUCCGCCCGAUCAAGCACGACCAUCUCCAACAGAAAUAGCAACGAUCUGACAUGCUCAACCGCUGGUCGGAUAUGCUGACACCCAAACCUAUAAAUUAUGGGCCCCACUCUAUAACCUGGUAUCUGAUUCUAUCUUGGUUUUAACACUUUGGUCGAGCUUCUUAUCGACUUGAGCGUCGGAGUGUUUGCCUCCUUGUACAGACCAUUCUAGUUAAAAAUCUUCCAGCUCGCUCUGGUACUUUAGCUCGCUCAUUUGGUCUAUCUCAAUCUGGUCGGUUAGGACCGUACUUUGUUGCACAAACAACUUACAUUAUUGCAGUUAGAAAUGCUAGAAUUUCAACUUUGUAUCUUUGUGUGGACAAAAAGAAUAUUUAAUGUUAAAAGUAGGUUUAAGUUGGAGAUGCACUUUGGCUGAGCCAUUCAGAUUACAUUUAAAUGCGUUACUAAAAUAUGCAAUUUAAUGGACAGUCACUCAAAGCGGAAAUUAAUUACUUGAAAUGAAAAGAAGAUUCUUGUAUUGUAUUUCACCUAUAUAUUUUAUUGAAUGGUGAGCUUUGGUUCUGUUUGAUUUUACUUAAACAACACACACAGCAGAAGGAAGAGAAGAGAAUUGGGAUUCAUGAGAAUGGAGUCAAAAACCAAGCCUUAUUUUGCUGCCAUUAUCUUCCAAAUCACUUUUGCUGGGAUGAGUAUUUUGUCAAAAGCUGCGUUUGCUUCUGGUAUGAACACUUAUAUUUUCAUUUUCUACAGGCAAGCUCUUGGAACUCUCCUCCAACUGCCUCUUACCAUCAUUUUCAAAAGAAAAGAAGUAAGUUGUUUAUCAGUCGGUGAAGUGUGCAAGAUCUUCAUGCUGGCGUUUCUGGGGAGGACGUUGACUUUGAAUGCUAAUGGAAUAGGCGUUAAUUACACAUCUGCAACUUUGGGCUCAGCAGCAUUUAACAUUGUUCCAGUCACCACAUUCUUCUUUGCUUUCAUUUUUAGGAUGGAGAAAGUAAACAUGAGGAAGGCGAGUGGGAUGGCAAAGGUUGGAGGCAUACUGCUGUGCAUUGCAGGAGUUGCAGUACUUGCAUUUUACAAAGGCCCUUAUAUGAAGCCAUUCUUCAAUUAUCACCUUUUUCAAACCCACCAAAAAUCUCAUCUUUCUAAUUCCAACAAAACAUGGAUUAUUGGCUGUUUUAUGCUCCUCAUAGCCUCCAUUUUAAUUGGUUUCUGGUUUGUCCUUCAGGCUUUGGUAAUGGAGACUUGCCCGUCUCCACUUGUGUUAACGUGUGGACAAACCUUGUCAAGUGCGAUUCAGUCAUUUGUUGUGGCCAUUGCAGUGGAAAGAAACCCUUCUCAGUGGAAGCUGGGUUGGGACAUUCGCCUCAUUGCUGUUCUUUAUUGUGGAAUUGUUGUGAUCUGCAUUGGAAACUAUCUAUCAUGUUGGGUCAUCAAGGAGAAGGGUCCAGUUUUCCAAGCUGUUACCACACCUUUGAAUCUUGUUAUGACACUAGUCGGCUCCCAGUUUCUUUUAAGCGAUGGAGUUAGCCUCGGCAGUAUAAUAGGUGCGGUGUUACUGGUUUUGAGCCUUUAUAGUGUUUUGUGGGGGAAAAGCAAGGAAAAAAGUUGUGACAAUACAGAAAGUAAGAAUCAGGAAUCAGUUUCAAAUCCACCAGAAAAGGAAAUUGCAAUUCACAUCUGAAACAAACUUUAAAGUGAUCUCUUUUCUCAUUUAAAUUUUGUUGCCUUUUGUGUAACCUCAGAGUUGUAUUAAGCAUUUAUAAAUGUAAAAUGAACUAUUGAUCACCCUGUGUAGUGUAGGGAACACUAAACUCUCAUGGACUUGUAUGUGUGAUCAAGUGAAAGAUGAAAAAGAUUGUGAAGUUGAUGGGUUCUAGUUUUAGAGGUUUAAA